GUCAAAAGAUAUACAAUAUGCAACUAUUAAAGAAUUAAAAAUCAGAGCGAAACUUUUUCUACCGUAUUUUGAAUCGUGUCACGUACGCUGUUUGUAGCUGUUUGCGAUGUAUCGAGAGCUACGAUGAGCAUCGGUUCACGUACACCUACCCCGUACACCUAUAAAUACGUUUGUCACUGGAAACUAAACAGUCAGUUUCCUCCUUGACAUUCGUUCAAUCCGUAGGAUUAUCCAUAAUACCAAUCGACAUGGCUAUUAAGCAAGCAAUUAUCGUAUUGGCGAUCGGUGUGUUCGCAACGUGCAAGGCAGCAGCAGUUCCUCUGCCGGCAGUGCCAUUGGCUAAAAUCGCACCAGCACUUAACUACGAUCCUCAUCCGCAAUACACUUACGCGUACGACGUGCAAGAUAGUCUGACAGGCGACUCGAAGUCUCAACAAGAGACGAGGAACGGCGAUAUAGUCAGCGGUAGCUACAGCUUCAUCGAAGCUGAUGGCACCAGGAGGAUCGUCGAGUACACGGCGGAUCCUGUGAAUGGAUUCAACGCGGUUGUCCACAGGGAACCAGUGGCUGUUGUUAAACCUGUGGCUGUCGCCAAGGCUGUCGCCCCGCUAGUUUUCCAUCCUUAAAACAUUCAGUGCAUUGUAAUUUGUAUUUGUUCACUAUAAGGGAUAAGAUUGGAAUGGCCCCUAAUGGGACUUGUUAACACGUUCCGUGCCAUCGUUCAGGCCAUUUGAUAUUUU